GCACCCAUAUGCAAAGCAGAACGGCUCAAUGGGUUUCGACUGUGUGGAGAUGCAAUAGAAGUCUUGUCUCUCUCUGUUUGAUUAAGAUGACAGACAGGGAGGUGGACUUUAGCCCUUCCGAAUAGGCAGACAGGAGACACAGGGAUUGGAUGUUGGUGUGUUAAGAAACAUGGAUUUUUUCAGAUUGGGGCUUUUUCUUCUGAUGAUGAGGGGAGUGGCCGCUCAGGUGCAACUAGAGCCUAAAAAUGCAACUGUCCUCAGUGGUUCACAGGCCCGUUUUAACUGUAGCACAACUCUGCUCCCAUCUAUCAUGACCUGGAUGGUCAACGGACGCUUAGUUCUCGCCAUACAGGGAACGGGGGUGACUAACAGUUUGGAACGUUUUUCUGCCAGAAAUUUUACCACACCUGGAAAUUUUAAGUGGGAGUUUAUAAUAAGCACUGUACAGAGAGAUGACGCUGGUGAAGUCACCUGCCAGAUUUUUGGUGGAGACCCUCAGAUGGCAAAACUGUCUGUACAAGAACGUGGCAGUGUGGGGAUUAUAGGUGGAAAUCGUACUGAAGUGCAAGGAGUUCAAAUGGAGUUCCAGUGCCAGGCCGUGGGCUGGUUUCCAGCGCCCACCAUGUCCUGGUCCAUAAAUGGGCUGUCAAUGGGAAACUGCAAUAGCAGCUCUAUAGCUCAGGGAAAUCUGUUUAACUCCAACUGCUCGUUGACGUACACAGCAGUCAUAAAUUCUUCUAUCCAGUGUUUUGCCACAGUUCCUGCCCUGAGUACACCAGAAAGCAGCACUGUCUUUCUUACAGUCGGUCCCAUAAUGAAAGCCACCGUAAGAGAACAGACGAUAUUGAUUGCAGUCACCGUGGCCGUCAGUGCUGCUGCUCUCCUGUAUCUUCUCAUCAUUGGAAUUAUUUUAUGUUGCAAGAAGAGUAAGAGCAAAAAAUCAAAUUACCAAGAGGAGGUCAGGAGGGCACAAUCACAGAACAGGAUGCGAGAAAAUGCGAGAGGUAGGGUCAACCGGGGAUACAUUACAGAUGGACGUGGUGGUGAGAAUCAAGUAUAAACAAACAAACACACCUUCGGGGGACGCCGCUCUGCACAUUUUAAGGCAAAUCAAGAAGCCCCUAUUUCUCUUUCUCUCACUGUCAUGUCUUUUGAAAUUAAGGAUUAAGCCAAGCAUGAAUUUUCUCUCAUAUGUACAGAACUUUGUGCUGUAAACUGUCAUGCCAAAGACAAGUAGAAAACUUUGCUACUCUUUACAGUACAAGACACCUAUGGUGGAGUCUGACACACAACCUAUUCAAACAAACAUCAGAUGCCCAGUGCAAAAAAACGGUUUUUAUGAAGAUGAUCUAACCAGUCACAUGCGUUUAGAGUCUAAAACCGACUGGGGAACAUUUUUGUUGGAAUUCUACUGGAGUCAGAAGAAGCACAUAUUAUUUUAUUGUACAUAAAAUUAUAAUUGUAAGUGUAAUUACAGAAAAGAGCCGAUGGACUGUAAAACAUGUGCAGUGGCUGGAAAUACUAGCACACACUGUGAUCUUAAUCUGCACAACAUUUAUUAUUGGGGAUAUAUUAAAUAUAUAGAUAUAUUAAAUAUAAAUAUAUUAAAUAAUACAAAAAGUAUUUGGACAUUUAAGCCUUACUGAAAAAUGUAUGAUUUUAUUUGGAUUAUAUAACAAACUAUCAAACCACUUUUUAAUAUACAAACACACUUAACAUUCCACAAAAUACAUUUGUUAAGUUUCAAAUGAUAAAACAUUUUAUAUAUAAUAUUCAAAAUGGAGAUAAAACAUAUUGACAUACUUUCUGGUUGUGAAACUUGGAAUAUAUCCAUAGUUUAAGUUACUAAAUGAACUACGCCUGUAGUAACCUAUAGGCAUAAGCGUGAAAUUUCAGGUAACAGACUUCAUGCAUUCACUAACAAUGACCAUGGCAUCAGUUGGCUAAAAGUAGGUGCUUCGAUACCAUUUUUGGAGAAUGAGUACCAACACUGAUAGUUCCUUUUGAUACUCUUAGUAUAAAUCAUAUGCUUCUCUCUCUCUCUCUCUUUUUUUUUCUUUUUUUUUUUUUGAAUUCCAUAUUAAAAAGUUUAUUUCAAUUUUAUCAUCAAAAUGGGGUCUAAAUAAAUAAAUUAAUUAAAACUGUAAUCAAAUGAAAAUAGAACAUAAUUUCAAAAUAAUGUUCUAAUAUUUUUAUAAAAUGAAGAGCUUUCAUACAGAACACAGCACAUUUCAAAAUGUAACAUUGGAAUUAAUUUUGUCAAAUAAAGUGCUUCACAACAGAGCAUCACAGAUGUGAGAUAUUGCUUAAAUAUAAAAUAAUUAUAUUGUUUUUUUUUAUUAUUAUUAUCAUUAUUAGUAGUUUUACAGUGAGUGAAUAUUACAUAACUAUAAUAUUGAUAAAUGUAUGUACAACUUUUUCCAUUUAAAUUGAGCUUUUAUUUUGGUGAAAGCUUAUAUUUUGGAGUGAAGCCCUUUCUGUUUCUUUGGUUUUUUUGAUUGUAGCUUCUCACCUCCUGACAAGCAGGUCACUACCUGACCCAGUGUGAUUAUUAAACUGCAAAAGACUGCUAUACGUAUGUAGUCUGUAUGUGCUGCACACUAAAAUUUGAAUUAGUGCUCUGCUCGCUGUCUUCUGCUACAAACAGAGCUUGCGAUGCUCAUGGUGGUAUUUUAGAGCACUUUGUAUGAGCAGCCGGCUUCACAUUCAACCAUUCUUAAAACAAGAUCUAUUCAAUUUAAAGCAUGCAGCACAUGCAAACUACAGUAUAUAUUUAUCUCAUUAAAUUGCAGCCUUUGUGGUUUGAUAAUCAAACUAGGAAAUAACGUGAUUUUAAUUUGUGCAUAUUUAUGCAAUAUCUUUCAUACAUCAGAUGGUAUUGGUUUAUGGUAUUGGAGCAUUUUUACAAGCAUCAGUACAAGCACAUGAGCGCAGCAUAUGUAAAAAUUUCUCCGAAGAGUGAAGUUCUGAAUAAAAUUCUAACAUCAUUUGUUUGCAAGAGCCACUUGAUUUAAUAUUUUUUUCCAAAGCAAUGAAAUUCAUACAUUUUGAGAGAGCCUUAAGUGUUUCCAAAUGCUUUUUUGGGGCCAAUAUAUAUGAUGUUUUAGAUUAGUUUGUUCUUCCUGUGAUCCAGUUUUUCCAGAAAGCUUUGGAAUUGUGUGUUACAUACUUCCUAUUUUUGUUGCCAAUGUAUGUUUGAACUUAUGAACUCACAUUUUGUAGUCUUUGGGCUUUAACAUGCCAGAUCAGCUUGGACAUACUGAUGGUGGUGGAGGGCCUGAAGAUCUGCUGGAAGUCAUCCAUGUCCUCAUUUUACCAAACAAACCCUCUGGUGUCGCGUCAUGGUCAAAUCACACCACAUCCUUAUUUACCAAUAUCACCGUACAUCCUUAUAUAGGCAUACUGCUUUCAUCAGGUGCUUGCAUUGAGACAGCAGGUUUGACUGUAACAACUUCCUGUUUUAUAGAUGCUCACAAUUAAAACGGAUUCUUCAUGAGAAAUGUUUAAAGAGGAUCAUCGUAUGUGACACAUCAUGCUUCACGGAGCAUAACGCACUUAAACAGUUCAUCUAAACCACUGAUUCCCCACAGGAUGAAAGUUGUUUAGACUGCAUAAUUACAUUAUUUAUAAAGUAAAGUGCCAUGAAACUAGAGGGGAUCCAUGUGCUGCUAAUUAAUCAGUCAAGCAAUUAAUCACUUGGUCAAUCAAUACUAUCUAUUUUAAAUUAAUCUUACCAAGUCCUUUCUUGAAGAAUAUAGUCUUUACUCAUCAGCACUUUUCCCUCACAUUUAUACGGCACUAAAAUCCAUAAAAUCUUACAGUUCUGGUCCUUCUCUCCCAGUUAAAUGUUCUUUAAUUAACCAAUUAUAACCAAGGUGUUCUAAGACAGGUUGGUUUGAGUUCAGCUAGCUCUAAGUCUUAUUAUAUGCAUUUUGAAAAAACUAUUAAUUAUGUUUUACAUAUUUAUGUGUGACUAUAUUCUUUACAGUAGAUUCAAAUGAA